AUGAGUUACAACAAAAAGGAUAAAAAAGGAUAUUCAGACGUAGAAUUACCAACAAAUCCAAAUUUACCAUCAUGGAUAAUAACUCCUAAAGAAGAAAAAGCAAUAUUUGAAAGAUGGAGAAAAAAAACAUUUGCAAAAUGUGAUGAUUUAAUUAAAAAAUAUAUUGAAUGUUCAAAUGCAUUCAAAAAUCCAAUUGAAGCCAUUGAAAAAUGUUCUGCAAUAAAUCAAAAAUCUUUAAAAUGUGUUGAACAAUAUCAAACUCAAGAAUGCUUAGAUCAAGAAAGAGAUAUUUAUAUAAAAGAAAAAAUUAUGAAGAAAAAAAUAUAUAGAGCUAAAUUAAAAGAAUUAGAACAAGAGAAAUUAGGGAAGGAAAUAUGA